ACGUGAACGCACCACAAAAUCAAAAUGGCGUGCUCGUUUCGACGAGCGUCCUCGCAGCACCAGUUCGCCAACGGCGGCUCCGGGGGCAAGAAGCCGGAGUUCAGGUCCAGGCAGUCCUCGAUACACCAUCCAGGGAAUGGUGAGGAUGAGGAGAGGAACACGCUGACGCUGAAGCAUCUCAGUGAGGCGCUGCAAUUGCUCACUGCGCCUUCGAACGAGUCCCUCCACGCAGCUGUGACGUCAUUAACGAAGAAUCAAGCGGAGCACUAUGACAGAUAUAACUGUCUAAGAAGAUUACCAGACGACAUCAGGACAUGCAGAAAUUAUGCGUAUUUACAAGAAAUAUAUGAUGCGGUACGAGCGACUGAUAGUGUAAGCACGGAAGACUUCAUGGCGAAACUAGGGGAAUAUCUAAUACUAACAGCGUUCUCCCAUAAUUGUCGAAUAGAGCGCGCGUAUAAAUGUCUAGGCACCAACCUCAUCGAAUUUCUGCACACACUCGACAGUGUACAUGACGUUCUACAUGACCAGGACGACGCGCAAAAAGACGAUUCUCAAGAUUACGAGGCCGCCUUCGUCUGCACAACAUCGAAAGAAGACAAGAUCGAGCUACACCUGACGACGGAAAGCGAACCGGUGGCGUACCUCCUCGUGGGGAGUCUGAGGACAAUUGCCAGGAGGCUAUAUGAUACACAGACCGAUAUAAGACUGACCAGUUAUACUAAUGAUCCUAGAAGAUUUAGAUAUGAAAUUAACGCCGUACCCGUGUGUCAGAAGUCAAAAGUGGACAGCUCCGAAGCGUUGAACGAGGCUGGAGCUGUGGCUAAUUCAAGCAAAGUGACAGAUCUAAGGAUCGGCGUGGCAAGUUUCUGCAAAGCAUUUCCAUGGCAUUUCGUGACUGACAGACGUUUGGAGCUUGUGCAGCUUGGCUCAGGAUUCAUGCGUCUAUUUGGCACGGAGCUCGCGUCGCGUGGAUCCAGUCUAAACACAUACUUCAGGCUGCUGCGGCCCCGUGGAGUUCCCCUAGACUUCCGCGAGAUUCUGAAGCGAGUGAAUACUCCGUUCAUGUUCGCGAUCAACAUUCCUGGCGCGGUGACUGCUGCUGAGGGCUUGGAAAUAAAGGGUCAGAUGGUGUUCUGCCCAGAAUCCGACUCGCUCCUGUUCGUCGGCUCCCCCUUCCUAGAUGGCCUGGAAGGCCUCACUGGACGCGGUCUCUUCAUCUCUGACAUUCCACUGCAUGAUGCCACGAGAGACGUGAUACUAGUUGGAGAACAGGCUAGAGCUCAGGAUGGUCUUCGAAGAAGAAUGGACAAGUUAAAGAACAGAAUAGAAGAAGCAAGUAAAGCUGUAGACAAGGAGAGAGAGAAGAACGUCAGUCUUCUGCAUUUGAUAUUUCCACCUCACAUUGCAAAAAGACUAUGGUUAGGCGAAAAGAUCGAAGCCAAGAGUCACGAUGACGUAACAAUGCUGUUCAGCGACAUCGUCGGCUUCACCUCAAUCUGCGCCACGGCCACGCCGAUGAUGGUCAUCGAUAUGCUAGAAGACCUGUACACCGUGUUUGACGUCUUCUGUGAGGAGCUCGACGUUUACAAGGUGGAGACGAUCGGCGACGCGUACUGCGUGGCGAGCGGAUUGCACAGGAAGAUCGACACGCACGCGCCGCAAAUCGCGUGGAUGGCCAUGCGCAUGGUCGAGACGUGCGCGCUGCACUUCACCCACGAAGGGCAUCCUAUUAAGAUGCGCAUAGGCCUCCACACCGGGACUGUAUUAGCCGGAGUAGUGGGACGCACUAUGCUCAAAUAUUGCCUCUUCGGACACAACGUCACGCUGGCCAAUAAGUUCGAGUCCGGUUCUGAACCUUUGAAGAUUAACGUCAGUCCGACCACGUACGAGUGGCUGAUAAAAUUUCCGGGCUUUGAGAUGGAGCCUCGGGAGCGCUCGUGUCUCCCCAAUUCUUUCCCUAAGGACACACCGGGAACUUGUUAUUUUCUACACAAGUACAACCAUCCUGGAACAGACCCGACCGCGCCGCAGGUCAAACAUAUAGAAGAUGCGUUGAAAGAUUUCGGGAUUGGGCAAGUGAAAGCAGAUGUCACUGAAGAACCUACUUAGUCGAGGUAAAGUGAAAUAACACAAGCAUAAGAUUUAGGAGGGAAUGUC